UGCGUUCGCUGCACUGUUUUGGCGUGUUUAACUGGGGUUUCCCGGCUCGACAUUCCGUUCCCGCUUCGACCUUCGUUUUACUGACACCGUCUCGACCUUCCGUCCUAAUAGUUGAGCGAGCGUACGAGACUCUCGCGAUGAAGGCGAAGGUAGAUAGACCAGAGGACAAGGAGGGGUAUAAAGUCAUUAUUAAGGGGAUGCGAAUUUCCAAACUUGAUUUCUUCCGCCUGAGCUUUUCCUCCGUUCAAGGAGUCGACGUCUGCAGAAUCUUCCUAAGCAUUUGCCUGUGCAAGCCAAUAAUCUCGUGCAAGUCUCUAAUAAGACGUCAACAUGGAAGCUACACAAGCCCUCAACAUCACGGAAGCGUCAAUAAGUCAGUUACAGAAUGUGCUGGGUAACUCUCUAAUCACGAGCGUAGACCUUGUCGCGCGCUUCCUCCAUCGGAUCGGCAAAUACGAUCACCGCGGGCCCUCAUUCAACUCCAUCUGCAUCAUCAACCCUAAAGUCUUUGAUGAGGCACAGGCCUCGGAUGACUACCGCGCAUCAGGCCGCCCCCCACGAUCUUUAGAAGGAAUCCCAUUUACCGUCAAAGACAGCUACAGAGUUGAGGGGCUCACGGUUGCAGCUGCAUCCCCAGCCUUCGAAAGCCUCGUAGCGUCUUCGGAUGCCGCCGUCGUUGAGCUCCUACGCGCUGCGGGUGCGGUGCUGAUUGGGAAGACUACCAUGCCUCCCAUGGCCGACGGAGGAAGUCAGCGAGGUCUCUACGGUCGUUCGACCAGUCCUUACAACCCCGAGUACUUGUGCACAAGCUUCGCGUCUGGCUCUUCAUACGGCUCCGCAGUAUCAACGACAUCCUCAUUCGCCCCUAUUGGCCUCGGUGGCGAAACAGUCUCAUCAGGUCGAGCGCCGGCCUCGCACAACGCGCUGGUGGGAUACUCGCCGUCGAGAGGCGCCAUUCCUUCUCGAGGUCAUUGGCCGUUAUACCCGACGUGUGACGUUGUCGCACCCCAUACCAAGUCUGUCGCUGAUAUGUUGGCGCUUCUGAACACUAUUGUUGCCGACGAUGCGCACCCGAGAGGUGACUUCUGGCGUGAACAAACGGUUGUGCCUAUCCCGCUUAGCUCUGAUGUCCGGCCACGGGACUUUCUAUCCCUCAUGGAUCCGGAGGCGUUGAGAGGAAAGCAUAUUGCUGUCCCCAAGUGUUACAUCGGGAAGCAAACUUCUUCCGGGUACUCUGCGGUCUGCUCAGAAGCCACUCGGCAGUUGUGGGAACAAGCUCGAGUUGACCUUGAGACGCUAGGUGCCAAAAUUACUGAAACCGAUUUUCCUCUGGUCGAGAACUAUUCCACGCAGCUCUUUCCUGGUCAGGCUGCCAAUGUGCCAGGCAUCCCGAGUACCUGGAUUGAUACCGAGCGGUGUCAGAUGAUUGCCACGGCAUGGGACGACUUUCUGCGCAAUAAUGACGAUCCGGGGUGCCCUUCCCUGGAGGGUGUUGAUUACCGCCAGAUCAACCCCGACUUCGCUCCGUUGGAUGAUCGGUCGGAGCACACCGAGCAGCAGAACCAUGUCCGGUACGCAGAGAUGAUUGACUUCAUCCGCAACCGGCCCAACUCCAUCUACGAUCUUCCUGGUUGUGCAGAUGCGUUGAUCGCUCUCGAGAAAGCUCGCAAGAGAGACUUGGAAGACUGGAUGGACGAGAACGGCUUUGAUGUUGUCGUCUUUCCCACGAAUGGCGACGUCGGAAGAGCUGAUUCUGAGGACAAUCGCGAGUCCAUGGCAUACUCCCUACGAGACGGUUUGAAGUAUUCCAACGGUAGUCGCGCCUUGAAACACUUGGGUGUGCCCGCCAUCACUGUGCCGAUGGGAACGCUGUCUGACAGAAAGAUUCCUGUCGGGUUAACAUUCACGGGCAAGGCUUGGGCCGACCGCGAGCUAUUGCGAUAUGCAUAUGCAUUUGAGUCCUCAAGACGACGAAGAGACAGCCCAUCAUUGGCACCUCAGCUGGACACUGAUAUUAUCUCGGUCAGUUUGAAUCGGGGACAUGUCCAGCACUCGAGCAAGAUGGAGUUGGUCGUCUCUCGUGUGGUUGUAGAAGAUGCCUCAGCAGGAGCCUUGGAAAGCCGCUGUGUCGCUCUCAGCGGGUUAUUGGAAGUCGGCAAUUCGUCUGAGGAGCCACUGUCGAUGCAGGUCUUCGUCAAUGGAGAUCGGAUGGAGUCUCCGAUACUCAAGGGUAGCCGAUGGGAAUGGUCUGGAUUGUUGGAAUGGGAGAAGAUCAAGGAGAGAUACCCAGUUCAGGGCAAGAGUUGACUCUUUGCCGUCUCCGGUUACUUUCUGCAAAGAAAUACAAAAGCAACUCGCUAACUUUGGAUUGCUUGAUGCCCAAGCUACUGCAGAUGUGCGAGCUUUUCAUGUCGAAAUUCAGUUCCUGGCUCCAUUCGUUUAAGCUUAGGUUGCCCCGGUUGUUAAUCUUGUUCCUCUUUUUGUGCGUGCUGCCGAAAGUUUUACCGAGAAAGAGUGCCGAGGAAUAGC